AUGAUGAUAGUCCACAUUACCGGACUGGAAUUAUUCAGAAGAAGAAGAGGUCGAUGACUGUUGAUUGGUCUGAGUACAGAAGGACCUGCAGAGCAAAACCAGUACCUGAGGAUAUUGAGUUCAUAUUAGAUGCCUGUAAAUUUGCAUCGAACCUACCAGAUCAGUUGUUUUGACACUUAGUUGUUCCGUAGAUCCUCGAAUAAGAAGGCCAUUGUGAAACAACUUUCACAGCAAGGAUCUGAGUUACAUGUGACAUUGGAGCUGUCGAGGAUUUUCUAAAAGUUUGCUCCGGUCGAAGAUAUGGAGGGAGCAGGAAGGCUAGACGAGGCAAAUCAGGGCGAGGUGAUCUUGGUCGUCACUCAAUUGACAACUAGCAAUUCCGGAAUAUUUCACUUUUCGGGUAUUAUAGUGUGAGCCAGUGGCGCAGUUUCAUAAUUUGUAGGAUAAAAGGUCGUGAAUGAAUUUUGGUGGCGUGAUGAGAGAGCUGGAGCUUGGUAUUUGUUAGGGUUUAGGAAGUAUGGGGCGGCUGGCGAUUCAAGAAAAUGGCUGGGGAAGGUAAUCGGUUCAGUAAAUUUUGUCGAUUUUUUUGAUGAUUUUAGGUCCAAGGGUUUGAUUGAUCCACGGAGAUAGAGUUGUUUUCACGAGAAAUAUGGUUUCCGACUGGAGACCACAUAUUAGUAGCAAGCCCUCAUACUUCUCCUGUUCCUGUACAGGAUAGUAUUUAGAGUAGGAAGUCAAAAAGCAUCAGCCACAGUUCAGUAGUAGCCGUUCCAGAGGAUUAGUAUUGGGUACAUCGUAUUUUCUCAGCUAAUAUAAAUUCUCCUACAUUUUCACUGAGAUUUGGGGGUGCCGCUUCUUCCUAUCCUGGAUUAGUUUGGAUAGAGGAGCUGAGCAAGAUUUCGUAAUUACUCUUCAGGUUGGAGGUAUGUGACACCCAGUUAACCGGAGUCAGAGACUGACUCUCUCUGGUGACUCAGUAAGGAAAAGUUCUCACGUUUCGGAGACACCUGCCGGAAAUUUUUAUCAUCACAGGAUUUGCCUUAACAACUAUGCUUUCCAAUUGUUGAGCUCCCCUUGUUGCAAAGAAAUUUAGCCUUCCAACAGAGAAUUGAUUGAUAUUACGUCUUGUAUGGUGUAGCUUAAAUAAGCCCAUUUCUGUGGCGUCUGUAAAUUUUGUGAAGGGUUUCGACGUUAUGGCAAGCUGCCUCUCACUGUGACCCGACAAAUUAAGUAGUUUGCUGCAGUUGGUCUAGUCUAAGACAUGGAAGGAGAAGUAGCUUCGUCUGUUUCAACCUCGAAUGAUCUCGUGCCCGAAAGUCUCUUGGGCUCCGAGGGAUUCAAAGCUCCUCGAUGGCGAACACGGGUCACAGCUGCCGAGCGUGCAGUCCAACCUUUUGUCAAGAAUGACGGGCUUUCUUCUUCGAACUCAGAUCUGAACUUUAAACUAUACGAGCAGUUGUCACAACAAUUGGUUUAUGAUCUUGCUCUCCACGACUCUCACUGGCAGGUUCGAGUUGCUGCAAUCGAGUCCGCAACCACGAUCCUAUCAGCUCUGAGGGACUCACUUUCUGCAAACUCGUUUGCUGAGAAUGUGUGGGGACUACUUGCGACAUGUUUGGAUCCACAACCGGAAGUCCAACAGGUUAUUUUUCGGUGCAUAUCACAAAUACUCUUGCCCUCCUCCCCGCAUGAAGUGAACACAGCUGUUUUAGCCCUAUGCGAUCGCUUCGUCGAGGCAACAAUUGGACAUCCUGCUAUGCAAGUGCAAUAUCCAGAAUCAGCUAAGAGUCACUCCGGACGAGAGUUUUCAGGCCUGGACAAUUUUCCCAACGGUCAAAUUCUUCUGUCUGGGCUGACUGCCGCUGCUUAUCUGCAGCUUCUGCCUCUGCCUAAGUUGAACAGAGAGCCUCCUCAACAACAAGAAUUAGAUAUGGUGCCUCUUCUUGUGAUAGUCGUGGGUGGAGCUCUGGAGGACGCUUGUAAGAGAAAUAACCGCGUGCUUGUCAAAGGGCUGAGAAUGUGCUUGAGAUGCCUGGGAUCGGGAGUUUACCGGAAGUCCCUUGUAUCCAUGCUCAAUAGAAACCGCAGCUACUAUCUGCUUGGCACGAAACCCCCUAGAACAUACACUAAAACAGGCAGAUUUGAUGAAGAAAUUGCCGACGCCCUUGGGGCCGCAAAACUUGCACCAAGUUUGAAGGCACUAGCUAUCGCUUUUGGAGCUUUUGAUGCCGAAGAAUUAGUGUUCGACUUUCCUGUACCUGAGAAUGAUGAAGAAAAUUCUGUCAGAAAGUCCAACCUUGGUGAAGAAGACUUCAUUGUUUUGCAACAUAUUUUGGAGGUGAUGCAUGUGCCCUCUGUUCUUACCUCUACUGCGAAGGAUGACACAGUCGGGACUAAGUGCCGAGACUUUCUCGAAAUAAGUUCUCCCCUUCUCAAAAUUGUGAAGUCUAUCCUUGAUGGCAAGGAUUGGCAUUUGGGCACCGAGCCGUAUGAAAGAAAACUGGUGGAAGACUUGGUUCUUUGCUGUGCUACUUUUGCUGGCGGUGACGGUGAUAAUGUGGGGUCUGUGCUUUGGACUAGUGACGAACACCGUGAGCUGGCUAUUAGCUUGUUAGUUUCUCUGCAUAACUCCUUGCGCUGGUGUCAUGGCCCAGGCACGGGGUUAGGCUUAGAUAGGAAUAGUUCAUCUUCAAAAUGCAUUUCCAGCGUGGUUUCAGAAAACCUACUGUCAUUGCUGUCAACACUGAAGGAGAUCAUUAAGGGGGAUUCUGGGGAAAGUGGCGAAAGGACUAGCUACGCCAAUGGAAGUGUGGACUCGUCUAUUGUCGCUGCCCAUCAAAUGGACUGGAUUGUGAGGCAGUUGGAGCAAGCAGACCUUGAAUCACACAGGUCCUUGAUAAUCCCUUGCCUUCUGACAGCCUUGGAUCACUUUUCUCCAGAAGUUAAGAGACGAGCCAUGAGAAGUUUUCUUCAUGUCGCGAGGAAUAUGAAUCCCAAGGAGUUUCGAUGGAAUAAAGAUGUUAUUCUCGAAGCAGUAUCUCGAAGUUUGGUUGGAUGCGAAGACCUUUGGCCAGUUGCCGUGAAGCUAGCUAUAGCAACGGUGACUCGCUGUGAAGGAAGUAAUCCCCGUAGUCCGUGGUAUAGACAAUUUCUCGGAGAAAUGCUAAACGAGCUAGAAAGGCAUAGGGACGAUCAAGCAAGGCGAGUAAUCUGGCUUCAAGAAGUCACACCACUGAUGGAGGCUAUGGGGCUGGUUCUAGUUGCACACUUCAGCAGACUCUUACCAUUGUUGUAUUAUUGGCUGCACGCGCCAGACGACUUAACCUGCCUUUUGGCCCUUUCCAGACUUCGUACUGUGAUAAUUUAUACCUGGCCACGAGUUCCUGCACAUAUAAAAAGAUUCACGGACGAGGCUGUGGAGGCAUAUUUUGAGUCGAGCACUAGGAAAUUGGUUGUAGACGUACAGAGCGCUGCAAUGGAGGUUCUCCAGCUUCUAAAUCUUUGUGGCGGGCUGGAAAUUGAAGAUGCUUUAGACGCUCGUCCAAAGCAUCGGUGACUCGUCCGGCCUUUUCUUCAAGCCUGAAUUUUUAUACAAAGGCGGAGAGUGUCUGAUGGAAACAGCUGCGGUGCAUGGGCUUGUAUCAUUGGGAUCGACAUAUAGGGGGAUAAACCCUACGCUGAACCAGAACGCAGUGGAUUGUUUUUUCUAGACGUUUUAUGAAGGAGAGUCGGUAUAUCCCAGUGAACAGCACAGGAGUUGGUGCGCAGGUCUCUUCUUCAAUCAACUCUGUCAAGUUGCCCAUGUUCUGGCAGGUACAGGAUUGUGCCUGUGUACCAAGCUGAAGGAUCGUUCGAACUGAAUUCAUCUUCUUAGAGCAUUAACACUCUUGUAGCUUAUGAGGAAGAUCAACACAAAAUGUUGGCAUUGGUUAGGAGACGACUUCGAUCAUUGACACGAGGUCCAGGUCGAAAGGCGAAUUUAGAACUCGGUGUCACGGGUGGAGCCAAGCAGCUAAUGGGAAGGUUGUCAGAUCCACUUAUAUGUGACUUCAGUCCUUUUUCUUUCUACUUCUUCUCAUUCACUCGUAGAGGUCCCUCACAAGUUCUGGACUUUUCGUUCGAUUUCAAUGAAUUACAUCAUGAAUCAGAUUGUAUAGACGUACUAACAUCGACGCCCACAAAAGCCGUGGUUGUAAAUUAUUGAAAAGUUCGAUUUUGACUAAAGCCGUAAAUUUCCUAUAU